UCUAGAUUGAGCCGAAUCGGAUUACAAGACACAGAUAAGCUGUGGACACGGAAGUCUUUGCCACCACGACUGCCAUGAGAGAGAUUGACGCUCGCGUCACCGGGUUCGAGUACACGACCUUCCACGCCUACACGACCGAGGUGGAGGUGGAUGGCUGCACCUGGACACUGACUAUCCGCUACAACACCUUCUACCAGUUCUACACGCGCCUCGCCGCUCUCGAAAAGCACUUCACGGUGGAGUUUCCGCCCAAAGGUGGAAUUUCCUUCUCACCGCCGCCUGAAGAGCGCCAAGAACAAUUAGAUGAUUUCCUGCUGAGCACGCUCGCCUACUUUGACAUGCGGGGCCAUCCGAAGCGCAUGCAGGCGCUACUAGGCGAGCUGCUGCAAAUCCCCGAGCAUUUGGGCUACAAGGGCGACGACGAGGAGCGAACGGCCAGCGAGGGCAGCUCCGUGACCGAGGAGCUCCAUUUGGACACGCCUAUGCCCGGCCAUGACCUCGAGAGCUUUCAAGAGAGUGAACACGAGGACGAUGAUCACGAUGUCCAAGGGAACAAUACGACACCACAAAUCGUCGCAAGGGACCAAGUUGAAGACGAUGUUGAAGUGAAGAAAAAGGUUGAGGUUGUUGAAGGAGGCAGUCAUGAAUCUCCGGCCGAGCUUGAUACGAACCUGAAAGCUAUCACGGCUGCUGCCGUCGACAACCCCUUACCAAGAUCGGAGGUGAAGACUUCCGGUAGUCCCGUUAAGCGACGGCAAUCACAGGAACUGACCGGAGGUGUCGUUGCCAAGGACUACAUCGCGAUGCUUCGUCGCAAGCCGCUAGUUAACGGAGCCAUACAGGCUGCUGUCGUGUCAGCCAUGAAAGAAAACGUCGAGAAGUCUAAAGCAGAUAAAGUCAAGAAGGCCGCUGAGGAUAUUAACGAGGCCGUUUGUGAUCCCCCUGCUCCAGUGAUCGAAGAGGGAAAGCGUUUUGCACCCGGGAGGCCAGUCGUGCAGACCGAGAGCAUAAUCGCAAACACGGGGAUGGAGCCGGCGGUCGUUGGCACUCCAGUGUUCGACAACAUUUUGCCUGCAUCGGACGAAGCGGUUGUCGAGGCACAUGAACCGAUUGAAGUGGCUAGCGUCGAAAGCCCCACGGAGGCUGAUCUUAAGGAGAGAUCGGCUACGGAGACCGAGCAGGACACCGCAGUGGAGUCGGCUGUGGCUAUAACGCCAGAAACGGAAGAAGCUGAACCGAAGGCGGCAGUCUCUUUGGAAUCUGCACGCGAGUCGUCAUCGGAGAAGGAUACGGAUGUCGCAUCGAGCAAGAAGGAAGCCGAUUCUGAGAACCUUGUGGUGAGCUGGUUUCGCCGCAUAGGCACGUUUGGUUCUUCAGUAGCCGAGGAGCAGGACGCCGUCACUAAGAAGGGACAAGAAGAGAAGGAGACUGCAACUCGAGCCAUUGUCGAAGCCAUGGCACGAGAAGAGGCGGCAGCAGCCGAAGCGAAGGCGAAGCUGGAGGCUGAGGCCAAGGAAGCGGCAGAGGCCGAGCUCCUGCGCGCCAAACAAGAAUUGAACCUGCGUCUGAUGCCAUAUCGGCAUCCUGUGUUCUUCCAGGAGUUCACCUGCAAUUUGGGCACGUCGCGCUAUUCAUUGACAGAGCGCCCCAGAGACAGCAUCGUCGUGUGA